CCCACCCACACCCACACACCCCACACCCACACCCACACCCUUUUCAGCUGAAAAUCUUCAGAAAUAGACACGUUUUGAGGUAAAAAAACUAAUGAAAAUCCUCAGUUUUCAAAAAAAUCUUAAAUAAAUGGAAGGUCUUCUAUUAACCGAGACAAAAUUUUUUCCCAAAGGGGUCUUCUAUUAUGGGGGAUCUUGUAAUAUGGGGGUCUUCUAUUAUCAGAGAGGGUUUACAGGAAUAUGAUGCAAAACAAAAAAAAAUAAAUACUAUUCUCUUCUUCGAUCAUCCCUAUAAAUGGAUGAUAGAGAGUACAAAAAAUUUAGCAUUUGUAACUAUUCAUGAUACGUAAAUAUGUUAGAAAGGUAUCAAUUGCGGCCGUAUCUAGUUGGUAGAACAUUUAAUCAAGCUGUUUCAAUAAUACGAAGUCAGAAUCCACGUUUACAAGUGAUUCCAUUAUUAGAAGGUUCAUCGGUAACAUAUGAUCUUCAACAGAAUCAUGUACUUGUCUUCUAUAAUAGAAUGAGUUUGAUUUCAUCGGUACCAGCAGUUGGUUAA